AUGGCGGAGCCACCUCGCGUCGGUGUCGUGUUUGACGCGUCAGCACUCGCGCCCAACGGGUUCAUCUCAGCAGACACUUUCCAGUUUGGCCACUUUGACGAGUGCAUCAGCAUAGACGUUCCCGAGGAACAUAUCACGGGCAAGUACUGUCUGGCCAAGAUUGCGUUCCGACCUGAGCACGACUUGUACCCCAGGUGGUACGACCCUCCUUCACAGCUGUACACUGGUCUUCCAUCCAACGCUUCUGUCUGGCAGAAACUUAAGACAACACAGGACCCUCGUAUAAUACGCAGGGAUGUCCUUCACUGGGCUGUCUGUGUGCCGUCGUCCUGUAGAGCUCAAGAUAUCCAGGAUUCUCUCAACACCAGCCUGUCUGUCCCUCUACGACAACAAGGCAUCCUGUCCGACAUCACUAUCAACCCCAGCGACUGCUACAGCAUCUGGGAGGCUCCUGCUUACUCCAUGGGAUACUACAUUGUGGUGGGAUUCAUAUACCUAAUGUUCGGUCUAUGUACGCUUGCUACUCUGGUUGACUACGCCACCGAAGACGAGGCCAUGCUUAAGCGCUCUCUUAGGAGUUUCAUCAAGGUUUUCUCUACAUAUUCCAACAUGAGAAAGCUGUGCAAGACCAACCCUGAUGCAGACUUCAAACUGCUGCAUUGCCUCAAGUAUUUGAGCAUGACUUGUGUGAUCCUAGGCCACAAAGAGAUGUACCUCAAUGGGAAACCAGUGCAGAACCCUUACUUCAUUGAAACGUUCCCAAACUAUGUUUCCUCCAUGCUGUUCCUCAACGGAGGCAAUUACAUUGUUGACACCUUUUUCGUCUUCAGUGGUUUUCUCACAACUCACUUUUUAACCAAAGAGCUUCAGAAGAGACAAAAUAUCAACCUUUUCUUGGUUAUUAUUGGCAGGUUCAUCAGGAUACUGCCCGUGUAUGGUUUGGUCAUCGCCUUCCACGCUGUUGUGUUGCCGUACCUUGGCAACGGUCCGCUGUGGAACUCGCUGGUCUGGAGAGAAGCUCUGCGUUGCCAGAAGAACUGGUGGGCCAACGUUCUCUUCCUCAACAACUAUGUCAACGUGGAGGAAACUUGUAUGAUACAAGCGUGGUACCUGGCUUGUGACAUGCACUACUUCAUUAUUGGCAUCAUUCUCAUCUACAUCACAUACAAGAGGCCUAAGCUCGGAGCCUCUCUCAUAGGAAUCGCCUUUGCAGCUUCUGUUGCCAUUCCUACCUACAUCACAUAUGUCAACCAAUACCCGGGUGUAGUUCAACUGUACCACGAGCUGCAGAAGGACCCAGUGAAAAAUGAACAUUUCCGCACCAUGUACGUCCCCAGUCAUGUGAGGUUUGUGCCGUAUGUUGUGGGAAUGCUCAUGAGCUACUUACAACAGUACCUGGCUAGAAUAAGCUUCAAGUUCUCUGGGUGGACACUGGUGUUCUUGAUACCGAUUGGAUUAUUUUUCAAUCUGUCCACAACAUUCAUUGCCUACAUCUUCUAUGAGGAAGGACGACCGUACAGCCUGCUGGAGAGUGUGGUGUAUGUAGCUGUACACAGAGUCAUCUGGGCUGUCACUAUAUCUGCUUACAUCAUCAUUGAUUAUAACCAGGGAAUAGGCAAGUGGGGUUCCAUAUUCAGACACAGAGCGUGGGCUCCACUAGGAAGACUGGUCUACUGCGCCUUCCUCAUCCAUACGAUCCCCAUGUUGUACACCGUCGGGCAGAGACGCACGGCUCCCUACCACAGCCGCAUGCUUGCGGCUGUAGCUCUCCUGGGAGAAGUUUCCCUUGCCUUCUUCUUGGCUCUGUUCCUUAAUUUGGCCUUUGAGUCUCCAUUGCAGAGGGUUCAGAAGAUGAUAUUAAAGAAAUUAAUGGGAGGACCCCAGAAGGGUGCAUUUGGUCAACAGAACUUAGCUCAAGUAACUGACAGCAGGCUGACCCUGACUAACGGGAGCUCCAAGACAUCCAUAGCUGACCUCCAUGACACAGAGUCCAAGGUGGCCAUCAACACAGAGAACCAUCCUUACAGGAAUCACACUGGGGUCAACAAUGGCAACGGCAGCUGCAGGGCUUAACAAAAAUUAAUCUUAUUUCUGUAGAAACCUGUAACUAUCAGUUUAUUUAUAAUGCAAACUUUCCCGAGUCAAUAUCUAUUAUUUAAUUUAUUUAAUAUUUAUCUUACUCGAUCUUUGUGGGAAAAACCCAUUCUGCUCUUUUUCAUGGUGAACCAACAAACCAUCGUGGCUUUUGAAUGUACAUACUUACUUGUAUAUUAUAGAUCAUCCACUAGAUGAAUUAUUGUGAUAAAAUAGUUAGAAUUGUACAGGUUUUAGUAAUUUAUUAGCUAGAAAUUUUUAUUUUUUUGUAUUUCAUAACCAUUUUGGUUACUUUUACAUUUUGUAAAACUUAGCUUUUAAUAAUUUGAUGUGUAUUUUUUUACUGAUUUAAUCUUAAGCAUUUAGCCUAUUUAGACAUCACACUGCUUUGUUAGAAGACAGUUGUUAGUUAUUAAGUUAUAGUUUUUAAACCUGGGUGAUGAUAAUGGAGUUUCCCAUGU